UUCAAGCUUUUAUUUUUCUUGAGAAACAAAGGUGAUCGAUGUGAAACUUCUUUAUUUUUGUAACGCGAAAAGUUUCGAUCGAUUUAAACAAAAUAACUCAUUUAAAAUGAAAAUUUUGAGUCGCAAAGACUUGUCAUAUACCACAUUUGUGCCGACCCACGCCAUCGCAGCUCUGAGAACGAACCGAUAGCAGACCAGAGCACGUACUCCACAAUAUUUACUGUUUCAGUUGCCGUCCGAGUGCGGUGGCGGGGUAACCUCUCUUUUUUAUAUAUAUUUUUCUACUUGUUGUGCCGCGCGUUCGGUGAUCAUCGUGCUGCUAUUGUUGAUUUUGUUUACAUUGCAGUUUUUCGCAAUUUAAUUGUUGAAAACUCGUUAUCGAGACUUACAGUGACUGCGUCGCCACUAACACGUUUAUUUUAUUGAACAAUUGAAACAAUUUUAAAAGUGAAUUAAUCCAAUUAAUCUUGUGUUAGUGCAGACUUGGCGUUUUUAUUUUUUUUACGGUUUUUUACGGUUGAAAACAUGGAGCAGAAUUUUCCCGAGGAACAUUCCCAUUGGGACGAUAUGAAAGACGACAUUGUCGACGAUGAAGCGACUGAAAAUCCGCAAGCAGUUUUGGACGAGUGUCUAGAACGAUUCAAGACGCCUGAUUAUAUCAUGGAACCUGGUAUUUUCACACAACUUAAGAGAUAUUUUACUACUGGAGGAAAUCCAGAAACUGUGAUAGAGCUGCUAUCUCUCAAUUAUACAGCAUGCGCUCAGAUGACAAAUCUCUUAGCCGAAUGGCUGAUUGACGUUGGAGUUGAAGUGGGUGAAGUACAAGCUAUGGUGGAGAAUAAUUUGAGAGACAUGAUUAUCAAAACUUUUGAACCAAAAAAAGCUGACACAAUUUUCACAGAGGAGGGAGAGACCCCUGAUUGGUUGACUGAAAUGAUUGUACAUCCUACCUGGCGAUCGCUUAUCUAUAAACUGGCUGAAGAAUAUCCAGAUUGCUUGAUGUUAAAUUUUACAAUUAAGCUUAUUUCUGAUGCUGGUUAUCAAGGAGAAAUUACCAGUAUAUCUACAGCAGCCCAACAGAUUGAGGUGUUUUCAAGAGUAUUAAAAACUGCUAUUGCUGGAUUUCUCAAAGAUACUGCAAAUUGGCAACGCAGUUCUCAAGAGUGCGCUAAAAUGGUGUGUCAUGGUCAACACACAUAUGUCUACAGUCAAGUAUUAUUACACAUCCUGGCUCAGGAGUCAAAAAAUGGUUAUAUUAUGAAGAGAUUAUCUCAAGAAAUUACAAAGUGUGCCCAAAAAGCUCAUCAUGAUGUUACACCAAUUACUAUGGCAUUAAAUGGAGCUGCAAGUAGUCCUGCUGCUUGUCAAGCUCUAUCAUCAAUGUUAUCUAAAAAUUCACUUAAUCCAGCUGACAUAACUAUUUUAUUUAAAAAAUACAAUGAAGAUAAACCACCACCAGUAGAACUUAUCAGAAACCCUCAGCUUUUGGAGCUUUUAAUUGAUGCAUUAUUCAAACCAGGAGUUAAAAUUAACCCUGAUUACAAACCUAAAUACAUACAUUUAUUGGCUUAUGCAGCUAGUGUUUAUGAAAUAUCUGGCAAGAAGAAUGCACCUAAGAAAAUUAAUAAAGAUGACCUCAAAGCCACAUCUCAGGCAAUAGAAAAGGUACAUAAUAUAUGUAAUACAAUUAAAGGAUCUAUGGAGCUUAUUGCAGAAGUGAAUACAUUGUAUGAUUGCAUCAGAUUUCCAGUAGUAAGUUUGGGAGUUAUCAAAUGGGUUGAAAACGUUGUGAUGGAAAAGUCGUACUUCAAACUAUGUACUGAACACUGUCCCAUUCAUUUAGCUUUGUUAGAUGAAGUAGCUAAAUGCCAUCAUUUGUUGCACCCUCAAGUACUUGGAAUUUUUACAAAACUAUUUGAAAGUAAACAAGAUGAGUUGGAAAUAUUAGUGCAAUUAGAACUGAAGAAGAUGUUGAUCGAUAGAAUGGUUAAUCUACUGUGUGAAGGAUGUGCAGUACCUGUUGUUUCAUACAUGACACAAUGCUGGAAAAAAGAUGACACUGAUAUGUCACUUAUCAGAUAUUUUGUCAAGGAGGUAUUAGAUUCAAUAUCACCUCCAUACUCAUCAGAAUUUAUAAAGUUGUUCUUACCAAUGGUAGAAAAUGAUGAUAUAACUGGAUCAAUGAAAGGCGAGGGUAACAAUGACUUGGUUUCAGAAUUUGUUGUACAUUGUUCAGGGCAGAUUGGCAGAUAAUAUGAAACAAAGAUCAAUAGUUUUAUUUCAUCAAAAAAAAACAUAUAGUUUGAAUAAAUUCUUA